AUGAGCAUCCUACAGAAGCCGCACGAUACACUUGGUCAAAACAUUCCCUAUGUAAAAUCCACUGAUACAGCGGAGUAUAAUGAAAUCCCCUUUUAUGUAUCUGAAAAUGCUGUAAGUGGAACUAUUGUAGGAGUCCUUAGAGAGCAUCUACCGUUUCUAAAGUCUGGAACUAAUUUGCGGUACCAAAUCUACAACUUAGGAAGCGUUCCAGAUUCCACAGAGCAUAUAGUUUCAUCCAACUCAGCCAAUGACACGGAUUCUAUUUUUCAAAUUGAUCCAAUAACUUCUGCGAUUACUGUUUUAGACUCAAGAAAUCUUGAUCGAGAGAAUUUAUGUCCUUUUGCUUCAGGAACUGAUAAGGAAUGUAGUCUCAACUACGGUGUGGCAGUUUCUCGGAGUGACAAGUCUGCAGCUCCCCUUUCACCUGAGCAAUCUUGGAUUAAAGUGAAAAUAGUGAUUAACGAUGUUAAUGACUGUGCGCCACAUUUCAACAACGAUUCCUCAGAUUCAUAUAAAGUGAUAGAUUUACCCGAGGAUACUCCAGUUGGCACAAAAGUUCCUCUUCCUGAUGCGAUCGAUUUAGACAGUCUACAGAACGGACAAUUGAUCUACAACCUCAAAUGUGAGAAUGAGCAAACUAAUCACCCAUUCGGUUUGCAUCAAAUCAGAAAAUUAGGCAUUUCUAAAGAAGAAUCUUCUAAAAGUAGUCCGAUCCGACUUCACUUGAGAUAUCCACUGGAUUAUGAAGGACAGAAAUCGUACAACUGCACACUUGGUGUAUGUGAUAAUGGAACACCAAUGCACUGCUCCACUUUACCACUUCGUAUUUCCGUUCAUGAUGUAAAUGAUAAUGCUCCAGUGUUUCAGAAUGAAAAUGCUUCAUUUGUUUUAUCUGAGGAUACACCUGUUGGAACCCGAGUGACACAGUUAAAUGCAACAGAUGUAGAUAGUGGUGCAUUUGGAAGCAUUCGAUUCGCAUUUGUUGGCGACUUUCCAGAUGGGAUGAGCAGUCAGAGACAUUUUCGACUGGAUCCAAACACUGGCGAAAUUUUUCUCACAUCUUCCUUGCAAGGUGGAACCAAAUUCAAUUUCUGGGUAGAGGCUAGGGAUCGUGGUGAACCAGAAUCCCGAAUGAGUCGAUCUACUUUAUCCAUCUACGUUAUUGACGUGAACAACCACGCACCAAAAAUCAGUGUUCUUCCCGCCUCUAGCAAAAUAAGGUAUGGAUCUAGACAGACGGUCAAAUCUGUACUUUCAAAAGUCUCAAAAAUCUCUUGCAACCUUGCUGAUGUAAAAGCUACAAGGGUUUGCUCCGACACGAAUGAAGAAGCUAGUCUCAUCCAAGUUUUCGAGGACAAUAUGGCGCCCUCUAAUAUAGCAUUUAUUCAAGUAACCGAUGCUGAUGUAGGGGAGAAUGCCCAAGUUGAUUGUCAGCUGCACGUCCGCCCUGAAAUUCCAUUCGGAGAGAGCAUUAAACUUGUUCCCGGACAACAGAUAUCCAGUAGUAAAAUUGUAUAUAAACUUGUGCUAGAAACAAUGCUGGAUUGUGAGAUACACUCGAGGGAUAAGCACACUUCCAUAUGCAAUUCUGGCUGGAUUAUUCCCGUCAAGAUUGAAUGCCGAGAUUUUGGAACUCCAGUGAAAAAGUCAUAUCACAACAUCUUUGUGGAAAUAAUCGAUAAUAAUGAAUUUCCUCCAGUGUUUGACAAGGAGGUAUACAGAGCUGAAAUAAAGGAGAGCGCUACUUUGGGGUCAAAUAUCGUGCAGGUAUCUGUCACUGAUCCCGAUUCAAUUAUGCAAGGCGUACCUAAGAAUAUAAGGAAUAACUUUAAAUAUCUCUCCCUCAAAGAGGACCGACAAAUCCUGCGGUUCGAACUUGUCUCCAAAGAGGACUUGCCAUUCGCGAUAGAUUCGCUUUCUGGAAGGAUAUAUGUAUCUGGUGUACUUGAUGCGGAAAACCAAACCGAAUAUAACUUCAGGGUAAUUUCCUUUCCUAUUUAA